AUGGUGAACGCUCAUUCCGCGCAUGCUGGUGCUGGAGACGAGAGCGGCGUUGUUUCACAGACUCCGUCAAAACAUUCCAAACGUGUCGCCGUUGCCUGUGACUAUUGUCGGAAAAAAAGACUGAAAUGCACUGCUGAUCAGCAGCCAUGCACAAAUUGCCAAUUGUACAGAGUUGAAUGCAAAAACACCCGGGCGCCAAAGCAACGAGCACGACAAGCUUUAUCAGCUCAGAGGAAUAGAAGCACUACUGUGGUUGCACAAUCAACCAGUCCAUCCAGCAACCGCGAGCGCGGUUAUGGGGUUUCUGUCGUUGAAGUACAGGGCACUCUGGCCCAAGAAGCCCAUCUCAUUCAGAUGCAAGAUGAAUUGAAUCUGGACACGCCUUUGCAAGAACCAGGAACAGGGCUACAAAUGCCGGAAGAGGGUUCGAUAACUCAAUCAUACGAGCCUCUGGCACAAACAAAUAGUUUCAUGGAUUUCACGUCAGAUAUGGUGUUUACCGAACCGUUUGACUUCUGGGACCCUGAAAUAUCUUUACAUGAAAUGAUUUCGAUUGGUGGUAUUCCUGAGCCAUCGUCAGUCUCACUCACUGGCCAACCUGCAAAUUCAUUAGCAGAACAUAAUUUAUUCGAAGACCAGCAGAGUCCACUAGACAUUGCAAUGGGUGUUUCGAUAAGACCGAGUAGUUCAGCGCAACAACAGGUAUCUCACCAACGGACAGGAAAGAUAUCUGGGUUGCAAUCUCUCAAACCGCAUGCUGCUGCAGACGCUAAGCACAAACGUAUCUUACCAGGUCUGUUUAUUCGUAAAGAUGGUUUCAACAACAAUUUUAUAGGGUUGAACUCAUUGGGUGCUACCCUGGCUUGUGGUCUUCGGGAGAUCUCAGAGAGCAAUCCUGGAGUCUCCAAAGCCACAUCGUUUGGAUGGAUGAUUGAUGCAGGGCCACACGUCGAUGAGCUUGAUACCAGCAUGGACGUGGAACCGUCCAUGAUGGAGCUACCUACUAAAACAUUCGCUGCUGCCAGCGUCAAAGCUUACUUCUACCGUGUUCAUGCCUUCUACCCAGUUCUUGACGAGCACAGCUUUUGUGACAGUUGGCAAGGUUCAUACGACCAAGAACCUGGAGAAAGGUCGAUUCGCGAUGUUCUGAUUCUAUGUCUCGUUAUUGCCAUUGGCUGCUCUUGCGAAUCAUCUUCUGGCUGUGAAUCGAUACAGUCGAACAAUGCAGCGAAUAGCCUGUUUCAGAGAACAUGGAAUCUUUCCCCUCUCAUUGCUUCGAAGCCGUCCGUUGUAACUGUCCAGAUCUCUUUACUUCAGGUUGUAUUUCUUAUCACUCAACGAAAACUUGGUAUGGCAUGGGUGAUAUGCGGACAAGCUGUUCGAUUUGCGCAAACUCUUGGAUUGCAUCGCAGGAGCCCGCGUGAUUUUGAUUUGACCGAGGAGCAAACAUCAUUACGGUCUCGACUUUGGUGGACAGCAUUCGGUCUCGACGCCAUCCUUUCUAUGUCUCAAGGACGACCUACUGCCAUACAUGAGAACUGCUAUGAUACCGAAGCAAUCCAGAUAGUCGCACAGCGUCUAGAUAGCUCCAAACAGCCCGCGAUCUUACAGAACUUCUUUCCCUGGGUCAUUCAGCUGGCUCAUGUUCAGAACCAAUUCUGUGGCAUUCUCUGCCGCAUUGAAUCUGUCGAAGCCCGACUUGAUGCAUUGGCAACCUUGGAUGCUGCACUGAUGAAAUGGAGAGACGAGAUUCCACUGGAGUUCCGGCCGGAACAAGAGAUACUCGCGCAGCAUGACGUGCACCAAAUUGUUGCAUUCUUGCAUCUUGAAUACUACAACAUGCUGAGGGCACUGCACUGGGCAUGCAUAACUUCAGUCCCCACGAACGCCAGCAUUCUUAAAGCUCAUCCAAAUCCGCGGAUACAGGCGAGCGAUGUCAUUUGUCUUUCGGCGGCUAGACAGUUUGUGAAAGUCCUAUAUGACCUCGCUGACAAAGCCAGCCAUCCGCAUGUCACAGCCCCGAAUUUACACAUAGAAUAUGCUAUAGCAGCUCUUGCAGCCAUUUACAGGGGGAUAUUCCGAAAUCCUCAUCGAAUAUCUUCAAAGCUUGACUUGGAGUAUUUUCGUGCCGGGCAGUCAUACAUCGAUCGCGAAAUCGUAAGAACUAAGACCAAACCCGACUACCGAGCGUUGUUCGAGGUUAUGUCGACCUCGCUUCAGGAGCUUUCGGAUCGGAACACUGCUUCCUCGAGAACACGAGAGGUGACAACAAUGAAUAUUCUUUAG